UCACAGUUCUCGCGAGAUCGCGCGAGACUUGGAAGUUCGCAACGCGAGGAGGGCGAACUCCAUUGUAAAUUGUGAUGCUUAGCACCGUUUGCAUUUAGGAAAAGGCCAAAUACCCAAUCGAAAACUCCGCCGUUGCAGGAGGUACUGUAGCGAGAGAUGGGCGAGGCAUCCCUGGGUGCCAAGGCGCCCGACCUGGUCUCGGACAGUGCUGCAUCCAGUUCGAGGGGACCUCCUCCUGCAGAGGUUGUCUGGCCACCCCACGCUUAUGCCGAUGUUAACAUGGCCGUUGACUAUGCGAACGGAGUUCCUGUUUCUUUACACCAGCCACAGCAUCAUUAUGAGCGGCAGGAAUUUGUAGCUGCUGACAGGGAGUCAGCACUGGUUGUUUACCAUGAAGAGCCUUACAGUCAGCAGCAACCUUCAAGUGGCAUGGAAACCUUCAUACAGGUUCCAUUCGGAAGUCUGCAUCGGCUUGCAGUGGCAACAUUCAGAGAGUCGCCCAUUCCUGUGUCAGAUGCGCAGCAACAGGCUCAGCACUACGAACAAGAGAUUGAGCAGAGGGCAGCGGACGAAAUGGUGGCCAUGUCUCAAGUCUUGGACCUGCACCGAUCAGUGGCCCCAAGCACCUCUCGUGAUACGGUGGUGGACAUCCCUGCAUCGCUGCACUCGCACCAUGCCCACCACCUGACGCGGCCUUCGUCAUCUUCCUCAUCUCCGCCUCCCCCCCAGAGCCCCGCCCUCCUAGUACUGCCAGGCUCAGCUGAAGAGUCCGUGGGAGCCCUAAGGCUGGAAUCUCAGCUGACAGUUGGCCCCGAGAGUGCAGCCACCUUAGGCCUGCCCAUGCUGUUGGACAAGGCCAGCCUUGCAUUGUGCUCAAGCAGCGCCUCCUCCUCUGCGCUUUCUUCCCUUGGGCCUUCAACUUCAUCAGGCAGUCGAGGUGCCAUAGGUCUGGCUACCCACCUCUCGCAGCGGUACCUCCUUGAGCAGGCACAGUACCUGGUGGCCGACUUGGCGUCCAAGGAGCUUCUUCCGUCGAUCCUUCAAAGCCCUUGUUCCUCUGGGCCCUCCACGUCAACGGUAGUACCCUCUGCUGGCUCUUCCUCAUCUUCGUCGUCAGUUCACGGUCUCAACUUCUCGCUGGCUGCCGCGAAGGCCCUUUUGGCCACCCAGCAGCAGUCGCAACAGCAUAAGUUUGGUGCUGGAAGCAGUGUUAUGCAACAUGCUGGCCCCUCUUCGGUUGCGAGCGGUUCAGUGGCGGCCAUGGAUGCGAGCCCCGAGCACUUGGAGGCCGAGCCCUUGGACACCGGAGACGAGGAAGGGGUGCUCGAUUCGUCCUCUUCCACUGGGCCCGGCGCACUGCUUGAGGUGCAUCCGGCUGGGGCGGUGCCACUCUACGGGAAUGUCUUUGUCACGGAGAGGGGGGAGGUGGCUCUUGUCAGCAGCACGGGGCAGGACUCUGAGGACCUGCUGGAGGUCAGUGGACUGGCCCGAAUCUGUGAUGUUCAACAGUACCAUGCAGCUAACCAAGUGUGCCACCAGAAUAGUGCAAUUCAGAACUAUGUGUCAUCUAGUGCUGACCUUGUGGCCACUUCCAAUGGGGUGGAGCCUGGGAUUCAUUCCACCGUCGACUCCACUGACAGUUCGGAGCAUGUCAUCACUUCGGAAGCCUAUGUGGACACAUCAAGUCAACACCAUCAUCAUCAUCAUCAUUUACAAGAAGACAGUCAUGGUGCAGACUACGGGCAGCAGCUUGACCUUAGUUCAACGGUCGAAGCCUCCACAAGCUCAAGGAGUGUCCAGCACUCGGUGCUCCGGAUGCAGGGAAUUCUUGGUCGAAGACUCCCCGACCUUGCGGGCUCACCGUCUUCAUCACGCAACCUGGCUAGAGCGGAAGUGUGCAGUGCUGGCGUCUCCCAGGAGGAGCUGGAAGAACUGCAGAAUGCAUCGACUGUGACCGGUGGCCUGCACCCAGACUCGACUAACAGCCCCAUCGUGGACAUGGCACCGUCUCCGGUUAACGCAGGCGCCCUGGACAGCCCAGGUCCCUCGCACUCGCCUGGUCCUUCAGCAGGAUCUGCAAACAGCAGGGCCGAUGCAGACAGGGACUGCACGUCUCGAUACUGGUGCGAUGACUGCAAUCAGUUUUACGAACAUGAGUGUCCACGCCACAAGGUGCAGCUAAUUGUGGACAAACCUGUUUUGACAAGGGCAUGGGCAAGUCUCCCAGCCAGCUACCUUUACGUGCACAAAGUGGCUGAGGACUCCGAUGGAGAGCCAAUUUAUGGAGUUUUUGCUAAGAAAAACAUUCCCAAAAGGACACAGUUUGGACCAAUGGAAGGUGUCCUGCAAAGGAGAACGGACAGACCUCAGCAGUUCCCACUUUUUGUUAGAGAAGAUGAGAAUGGUUCUGUGUUCUGCCUGGACACGUCAGAUGAGACGCAGAGCAACUGGAUGCGCUUUGUGCGUCCAGCGCAGACUCCUCUCGAGCAGAACAUAAUAGUCAUCCAGCAGGGCACAAGCCUGUACUUCAACACAACGCGGGCCCUAUCAUCACGCACAGAGUUGCGUGUGUGGUAUUCGACUGCUUACGCACAGCGCUGGGGUCUGCCCCUGCUUCAUCAACAGCAGCCGCAGCAGCAAGAGCCACUACAGCUGGAGCACCGUAGCCAUCAGUCUCAUUGUAGCCAGCAAGAGGCGAUAGAGCAUCAACAGCGCCAGCAGCAGCAGCAACAGCAACAACAACAACAACAACAACAACAACAACAACAACAACAACAACAACAGGUGGAUCAGCUUCAGCAACAACAGCUUCACCAGCCUAUCCAGCAACAACUGCAGCAACAUCAGCAGCCGUACCAGGAGGUGCACUUGCAGCAUCCACAGCAGCAACAUUCUCAGUCACAACAGCAACACCCUCAGCCACUGCAGCAACACCCUCAGCCAUUACAGCAACUCCCUCAGCCGCUACAGCAACACCCUCAGCCACUACAGCAACACCAGCAGCAGCAUUCGCAACAAGAAUCUGCCAGGAUCGUUGGUGCCAAGCACGAGCUUUGCAAGCAGUGGGCGUGCUUUGAGUGCAGCAGUGCAUUCAGCUCGUCAGAGGAGCUGCAGCUGCAUCUGAACCAGCACGAAAAGGUCCCUGGCACCAAUGGAGACAAUGCUUCAGCCACUGCACAGCCGCAGCCGCAGCCGCAGCCAUCUCCUGCAUCUGUAACACUGGUGGACCCUGUAAACGUGGAUGCUGAUUCAUUAGCAUUUAGGUCACGAGGACGGCCCCCUAAGAAGCAACAUGCUGCAAGAGCACCUCUAGAAGAAAUGCACAGUUUAGGCAAUGAAAGUGUCCAUACUAAUCAGAGCUGUGGAAUUACAGACACCACAAAUCCUGUGGAGGAAGUUGCCAAGCCCACAUCAGGAGAUGAAAACCAGUGCAAUGUAUGCCACAAGGUUUUCCAGAGGAAGUACGGCCUCAAGCGUCACCUCAUGAUGCACUCUUCCGAGAAGAAGUAUAAGUGCUCAUUGUGUGACCUUCGUUUCUCUCAUCCCUACAACAGAAAAAGGCACGUGAUUCGACACCAACAGAAGGAUGAGCGCCUCAAGCAGCGGCGGCAGCAGCAGCAGCAGGCGCAGCACACACAGCAGGCUCAGCAGCAGCAGCAGCAGCAACCCCUGGGGUCCCUGCUUAGUGAGGGCGUUCGCAAGUCAGCACGACGCAGCGCAUCCCAAGCAGAAACCUUCUCGUGGGGCUGUCCACACUGCCGUUAUGUGUUUCCCAGCUCUGACCUGUUAAACCUGCAUUUGCCUCUGCAUGCUGUCGUGACGCCGACAGAGCCGACUCCUGAAUCUCAGCUCGAACAGUGUCCAGAGUGUGGUUCAGAGUUUUCAACGAAAGCAGAGCUGAUGAAGCACGUGGGAGUGCAUGGCAAACGAGGGCCCCCAAAACGUGUCAAGCAGCCAUCGGAGGCAGCAUCUGCGGGUGAACCAGAAAAUGAGACAGCCUCUGCAGGGGCUCCGGUGCCACAGCGAGUCCAUAAGUGCAGCCUCUGCUACAAGGGCUUUGCCACGGAAGACCGCCUGUCCAAGCAUUACCAGGUACACGGAAACGACGAGACAAAGCCACUGAAGUGUGACACAUGCGACAAGCGCUUCCUGAACACCUCGGCUCUGACUGAACACCUCAAAACGCACAAAAAGGAGCGAUACUUCGAGUGCCCGAUCUGCAAAGAGAAGUUCCAUGUUGUGGCUGCCCUGAAAGAGCACGUCUUUGUUCAUCUGCAGGAUGGCAUGUACACUUGCCCAACCUGUGGAAAAAAAUUUUCAGAGUACAACCAAGUGCGCAAGCAUAUACGAGCUUUCCACACGAACCAGCGCUUCAUGUGCCAGCAGUGUCCCAAGGUGUUUUGCCGGCAGGACAAGCUGAAACUGCACAUGCUCUGCCACUCGGAGCACCGCGAAUUCCUCUGCGCACUUUGUGGUCGGCAGUUCAAGCGCAAGGACAAGCUCAAGGAACACACGCGCCGCUUGCACGCACCAGACCGCGAGGCUCGUGAGCAAGCACGUGCCAAGGCUGCGCGCCCGCUUUCGUCGAAGAGGUUUGUGCCCAAGGUUCCACCUACGGACUACCAGAGGUUCAUCUACAAGUGCCACACGUGUAUGCUGGGCUUCAAGCGUCGUGGCAUGCUGGUGAACCACAUGGCUAAGCGGCAUCCCAACGUUCAGCUGGAGCUGGUGCCAGAGCUAAACCUCCCCAUUCUACGGGCCACGCGCGACUACUAUUGCCAGUACUGCGAGAAGGUCUACCGGUCGUCUUCCAAGCGCAAGGCCCACAUCCUCAAGAACCACCCCGGUGCUGCUCUGCCAAUGAGCAAUCGCGUCAAGGGAGGUGUACCCAGCAUCCCCGGCCAACCGAACCCUACCUUCUCGCACAUGGUGGGCAGCGUGACAACGCAGCCCCACAGCUGUUGCCUGUGCCACAAGCAGUAUGCCAGCAAGGCCAAGCUGCUCCAACACCAGCGCAAGAAGCACAUGGAGAUGGUGGCCCUGUUUGGCACCACCAACAACCAGGCAGUGAAUGGCAGCAACAGAGGCCGGGAGGCUGACUUGCUGACCCGGGCAAUGUCUGAACUUACCCAAGGACUGACAGACUUCCGCCAGAACAGUGGUUCUACUACAUUCCUGACCACCAGGUCUUUGCAAGAGGUCGAGGACCAAGAUGAAGGCAUGGCCAACACCCAGCAGGAGCAGGUCAUCACUGAAACGCUCGAUGCGACAGUAGAGACAACUGAGGUGGCCGCCUCAACGCUCGACCCGGCACAGAUCAACCUGUUACUGGCCCAGUAUCAGCAACAGGCUGCUCUCAGCGCUACAGUUGAAGGUGACACCGAUGUGCCUGUAGUUUCGGUCGCCGAUGUGGUGGUUGCCCCCAAUGCUCAAGCCGGCUGGACAAUUGUGUCUGUUUCUGCACCAGGCGAAGAAGCCUUUGAGCAAGAACUUGUUUCGACGUAGAAUUCAUUCCUGGCGUCGCCCACCAAUCGUGCAGCUGUUUAUCAUUUUUUAAAAAUCACUAUAAAUUUUUGCAAGGCUGAAGGGAAGCGGCCAGCUCACUGCAAGAUUGUAGAGAAAUGCCAUUUAUAAAUGUGCAAGCCUUGUUUUAUGCAUUGAUUAUGUUAUCUUAUACACGCAUUUUUAGUUAGUCUUCAGUGCACAUAUUGCUUCCUUUCUUGUGAGGUGCAUUAAUUCUAGUCAUUG